UCAGCAGAACCUAUUACUACUAGUCUAGCUACAAUAGUUCCACAAUUCUAUCAUUUUUUCUAUAUUUUUUUUAAUCAAAUGAUGGCGUCUAAGAUGAAGGAUCGCAAGAAAACUCCUGUUUCUCACAAGGUCAUUGAGAAAAGAAGAAGAGACCGAAUCAACAGAUGUCUAAACGAGCUGGGAAAGACUGUUCCUAUGGCACUGGCUAAACAGAAUUCUGGGAAACUCGAGAAAGCAGAAAUCCUGGAAAUGACUGUGCAGUAUCUGCGCGCGCUCCACUCCGCAGACUUUCCGCGCGGGAGAGAAAAAGGAGAACUGCUGACAGAGUUUGCGAACUACUUUCACUACGGCUAUCACGAGUGCAUGAAGAACCUCGUUCACUAUCUGACCACCGUAGAGCGAAUGGAAACCAAAGACACCAAGUACGCACGGAUCCUCGCCUUCCUGCAGUCCAAAGUGGUUACCGAGCCCGUGUUCGGCUCGUUAGGUACCAUCUCUCCAGACCCUACGGACCUUCUGUGCCAGCUGGAGUACCAGAGUCCGAGUCCAACCGAGUCGGUGUUUCAGCAGAGCCCUCCCGGACACUUUUCCUGGCACAGCUCGGCGCGGAACCCCACGCUCGCGUACCCAGCGAUGUCUCAGCACAGCGGAUACUUGUCACCGGUUCAGGGACUCGAUCACCAUUACAUGAACUUCAUCGGGCACUCACACCCACACAACGCCUUCAGCUUACACAAUGCACAACACGCUGCCCUGUAAAUACGUCUGUGGAUGUCCUUAAUUUAUAUGUGUACAUGUUUUA